AUGAUUGAGGGAAUGGUGAAGGAUGAUGUUAUUGAAACUUCAUCUAGUCCAUGGUGUUCACCUGUGGUGCUGGUAAAGAAGAAGGACGGCAGCUUGCGGUUUUGUGUUGACUACCGCCGCCUGAACGACGUUACAAAGAAGGACAGCUAUCCCUUGCCAAGAAUUGAUGAUACGCUUGACAUGCUUACAGGCGUAAAGUGGUUUAGUACGCUGGACCUGAAAAGUGGCUACUGGCAGAAUUGA